CCAAGGAGCAUGGGCAGCAGGGUCACCCUAGCGCCAUGCUUCAUAAAGGGCGCCGUUACAAUAGGUUUACUGUUACUCUGACGACUGUUGGGAUACAAUAGGACUGAAUGUACUGGCCUGAUGCUCCACCAUUUCUCUCAAUUUUUCACUUGAUAACAAGGAAGACAGACUGAGACAAGACAGCAUGAUAUCAGAGGACGCCCCUGAAGUAACCUCACGGACUAAUGGGGCUUAUACUGCUGAGCCUGAUUCUCCGCUACUGGAUCAGCACCGUGGAAGGAUCAUGUUCAGCUGGCAGCGCUGUGACCUGUGAUGAGUGUCUGCAGCUCAGUUCUCAUUGUGCCUGGUGCACACAGGAGAAUUUUACAGACUGGUUUUCAGUCAGUGAAAGGUGUGAAACACUGGAUAUCUUACUAGAAAAGGGGUGUGCCAGGGACCAGCUGGAGUUCCCUGUCUCCAAAGGUCAAAUCCUGCAGGAUCGCCCACUCGGAAAGAAGACAGGCAACGUAAACAGCACUCAGAUCUCCCCACAGAAAAUGGCACUCAAGCUGCGUCCUGGCAGCCAGGUGACUUUCCAGGUCAAGAUUCAACACACAGAGGACUAUCCUGUGGACAUAUACUACCUGAUGGACCUGUCAGCAUCCAUGAUCGACGAUCUGGCGAUGAUCAAAGACUUGGGCUCCUCUUUGUCAAAAGAGAUGACCAACCUCACCAGUAAAUUUCGAAUGGGCUUUGGCUCUUUUGUGGAGAAACCCGUCCUACCAUUCAUCAAAAUCACAGAAGAAGAUCUGGCCAACCCCUGCAGCAGCAUUGGCGCAACCUGCCUGCCAACGUUUGGCUACAAACACGUCUUGUCCCUGACGAGCAGCACCGACAAGUUCAACGAGAUAAUCGCAAAGCAGCGUGUAUCUGCAAAUAUUGAUUUGCCAGAGUGUGGCUUUGACGCCGUCAUGCAGGCAGCUGUUUGUGGGGACAAGAUAGGCUGGAGGAAUGAUUCGAUGCGUUUGCUGGUGUUUGUCAGUGAUGCUGACUCACACUUUGGGAUGGACAGUAAGAUGGCUGGCAUCGUAAUUCCCAACGAUGGGCAGUGUCACCUGGAUGCCAACAAUGAAUACUCCAUGUCCACAGUGCAGGAGUAUCCAACUCUUGGUCAGUUGAUUGAUAAGGUGGUGGAGAACAAUAUCUUACUGAUAUUUGCUGUGACAGAAAAAAAGGAGCUCAACUAUAAGAACUAUGCAAAUCUAAUACCUGGCGCCACAGUUGGAGUCCUGGCGUCAGAUUCGCGGAACAUCCUGGAACUGAUUGUAACAGCAUACAAAGAACUGCGUUCAGAGAUUGAACUGGAGGUCCUUGGAGACACAGAAGAGCUCCAGAUGUCCUUUACAACCAUUUGCCCAAAUGGGACCGUCCUCACUGAUGAAAAACGCUGCUCCAACAUCAAACCUGGAGAGACGGUAGUGUUCAACGUGUCUGUGGAGCUCCUAGGAUGCCUGUCCGGAGUUCGCCACUUCUCCCUCAAACCGGUGGGUUUACAGGACAGUCUGGAGGUGCAACUGGAGUCUCUUUGCUCGUGCGACUGCCGGCAGCCUCCUGAAGCAAACAGCAGCCAGUGCAUCGAGGGCCAGGGGGCUUUCAAUUGCGGUGUAUGUGUGUGUCAGCCGGGGUUCCUGGGAUCGGAGUGUGAAUGCAAUGAGGAAAGAGCUUUGUUGAGCAACUGCCUCUCAAACAAUGAGUCUGAGAUAUGCAAUGGUCAGGGGCAGUGCUACUGCGGACAGUGUGCGUGUCAUGCAUCCAGCUUUGGACGCAUCUACGGACCUUACUGCGAGUGUGACAAUUACUCCUGUGUUCGUUUCCGUGGUGAGCUCUGUGGAGGCCACGGGGUGUGUGACUGCGGGGAGUGUCACUGUGAAAGCGGCUGGACAGGGGAGUACUGUAACUGCAGCACCAGCACUGAGGCGUGCAUGUCAGAGGAUGGCGCUUUCUGCAGUGGUCGGGGGAGAUGUGAGUGUGGCCACUGUGUCUGCUCUGUACCCGGAGCAUCUGGGGACAAGUGUGAGAAGUGUCCAACAUGCGGAGACGCCUGUAGCUCUGCAAGGACCUGUGUAGAGUGCCAUCUGCUAGACAAGGACGAUGGCAAGUUGUGUGAUCAAAAGUGCAGCACCCCUAAAAUUUCCAUCAACACAACAGCAGAUUAUGACAAGAGCCCUUCUAUGCAAUGCACGCUGAUGACGGAGAAUGAGUGCCGGAUCUCAUUUAAUGCGGUAGGAAGUGAGACGGGGACCAUUGUCUAUGAUCUCCAGAUGUACGGUUGCCCGGAGCCUCCCAACAUCUCCAUGAUUAUUCUAGGGGUCUCUCUUUCUAUUGUGUGUAUCGGCCUGAUUCUGCUGGCUGUGUGGAAGGUGCUGGUGUCAGUCCAUGACCGCAAAGAGAUGGCCAAGUUUGAGGCUGAGAGGGCAAAGGCAAAAUGGCAGACAGGGACCAACCCUCUGUUCAUAAGCUCAACAUCUACAUUCAAAAAUGUAACUUAUAAGAAGACAGAGAGAGAAAAGAUCAUUACAGUGGAUUACUACUAACCCCUUAACGCCGGCUGUCGCUAAUUUGCA